AUGAAAGAUGAAGAGGUCUCCCGACUACUCCACCGAAAAUCUGACAUAUCAAGUGUCGACACCCAUCGAAAUACAGCUUUACACAAGGCAACUAUUAAAGGAAAUAGAGAAAUAGCCCAUAUACUUCUCGAGAAAGGCGCCAACCCUCGUCUAAGGGGAAAUGAUGGGAGAACGCCCUUGCAAAUAGCAGUACAGGACGGAAACAAGCCGAUGGUUAGUUUACUUCUCGCGGGAGGUGCCGAUACUUCAACAAGAAGCCGAGAUCAUGAUCGAUUGACAGUCCUACACGAAGCUGUAUUAAAUGGAGAUGAGGGAAUGGUUGCUCUGCUCCUUGGAGCAGGUGCUGAUACUUUAGCACGUUCCAAGUCCGGACUGACGGUACUGCACCUGGCGGUACAACGAAAGAAUAUAGCAAUACUCGAUUUACUUCUCAGGACAGGUGUUGAAGUCUCGGCACGCUCUAAUUUUGGGAUGACCGCACUACACUUCGCGGUUCAACACGGGAUUGUGGAGAUUGUCGAUUUGCUGCUUAAAGCAGGUGCUGACACUUCCGGGACGUGCUCAAACAUAACGAGGGCAAUACUGGACGAAGCAGUAACACUUAGGAACAUAGAGACGGUUAGAUUGCUUCUUAAAUCAGGCGCCGUCCCCUCAGAACAGACCCUCGCCUGUUUUUCAAAGAUCUUAUCUGAAGUAAUAAGAUAUGGCGACUUGGAAAUAUUCGAUUUGCUCGUCAAAGCAGGUGCUGACACUUCCAAGAUGGACUCAAAGACGAAGGGAAGCUUGCUAAAAAGAGCAGUAGCACUUAGAAAUAUAGAGUUGGUCAGAUUGCUUCUUAAAUCAGGCGCCGUUCCCUCAGAACAGACCCUCGCCUGUUUUUCUGGGGUCUUCACUGGAGAAAUAAGAGAUGGCGACUUGGAAAUAUUCAAUUUGCUCAUCAAAGCAGGUGCUGAAGUUUCCAAGAUGGACUCAGACACAAAGAGUAAGUUGCUGGACGAGGCAGUAGGACUUGGGGACAUAGAGUUGGUCGGAUUGCUCCUUAAAUCAGGCGCCGUUCCCUCAAGGCGGCCCCUCACCUGUUUUUCUUUACGGGUGAAAAAGAGAUGGCGACUCGGAAAUAUUCCAUUUGCUCGUCAAAGCAGGUGCUGA